GUCUGUGUGUUUUGGAGACUGGCGCGCGCUAUUCAAAACACAGAGGAGAAACGCGGGCAGAAGAAACUGCGACUCAAACUUUACACUGACAUUUAGUCUUUUAUAAAACACGACAGAAACGUGACCGGUGAGGAUUGAGAAAAUGAUGCCCACUACUACCAGGAAGAGGAAGCUCUCCUCUCUGGACUCUGACAGUCACCCGUCCAAGACCAGGGUAAGGGACGAUGUGUCCCCCAUGAAGAGGAGAUCUCCCAGGAAGCCCUCACAGUCUCCGACCAAAAGGCCAGUCCGGAGUUUGCAGAAGAACUGUCCCUCCCCACAGAAAUCUCCACACAGACCUGCAGGCUCUCCAGCCAAAUCACCUCGCAAAUCUCCAUUCAAACCUUCCGUGGUUACAAGCUCCUUCUACGGCCAGAAGAAGCCCGUUUAUCUCACUCCGCUAGAGAGGAAGGCCAUAAAGGAGUCUCUGCCUUCUCCCCCUCGUCCUCUUCCUUCACCUCCUUCACAGGAGAAAAAUAAAAAUAAGAGGAAUGUCAAAGGAGGCAACAAGCAAAAAAAGGUGGCUGCAGGAUCCGGUAACUCAGGGAAGACGAGUGUCAAAAGCAGUGCGACAUUUUCAAAGACGAUCAAGCUGCCCAAACUUAACAGUGUUCCUGCUAAACCAGCGUCCGCUACAAACACCGCUCCCGUCAGCAGCACGAAACCAGCAGAGGCCAAGAAAGCGAUCACCAUCACUUUCAGCAGCCUGAAGCCCAAACCCAAGAUCUUUGUGGGAGCUGCUUUCUUCGGUACAGGGAAGAAACCUACAUCCAUGUACAAGAAAUCUGCACCCAAAUCCUCAGCCAGGGCAGCUUCAGUCCCGGUGAAAAACAAAGCUGUCCUGCUGCAGACAAAGAGUGAGAAACUUCAGCCACCUGCUCCCGCGAUGAACCAACACCAGAAACAUCCUGAAGAGAUUUCUGUCCAGUCGGUGGAGACAGAAGAGAACCAGCCGAGCACCAAGCAGAGAACAAAGUUUGAUCCGUCAGACUGGAUGGACUCUAACGAACUGCCCGAAACUCCACAGUCACUCAGCUCUCCCAAAAUGCUUGCAGAGAAAUAUGGGAUUACCAGGGAUCUGACGAUUGUGUUGACAAGGACUCCCACAUCAAGUCCUGCGUCCAGAGCCGGAUCCCUCAGUGCUCAGGAUGGAGGUCUGAACCCGGUGUUUGAUCUGAGUGAUACAAAUCCCACCUGUGACGCUGCCAGCCCACCCAAAGAACCUGCAGCGGUGUAUCCCAUCUUUGGCUCCACCUCCAAGAGGUUAAAGACUGCAGCUCUGCGGCCACCAGUGUCCUGCAGCACCCCCUCUGGUGUGAUGGCGUCACUACAGAAUACUCCUGCAGCCAAGGAGCGAACUGCUCGAAGGAAGAAAGAGAAACAGGAUGACGACCAGCUCAUCAUCGAUGCCGGUCAGAAGCAGUUCGGAGCGACGACCUGCAGCUCUUGUGGGAUGGUGUACAGCGCAGACAACCCAGAGGACCAUUUCCAACACAACCAGUUCCACCAGCGCUUUGUUGAUUCCAUCAAAUUUGUGGGCUGGAAGAAGGAGCGGGUGGUGGCUGAGUUCUGGGAUGGAAAAAUCCUCAUGGUCUUGCCAGAUGAUCCCAAAUAUGCUGUCAAAAAGGCUGAGGACGUGCGGCGUGUAGCAGACAGCGAGUUGGGUUUCCAGCAGGUGACUCUGAGCAGACCCGCACAGGCCAAGACCUACCUCUUCAUCAACACGGAGCGCAUGGUGGUGGGCUGCCUCGUCGCUGAACCCAUACGCCAGGCUUACAGAGUCCUCGAGCAGCCGGAUCGACACAAAGACAUGACGAAGGACGACUUCAUGGAGCGACAUCGAGCCUGGUGCUGCUCCACCGUUCCAGAACAAGCUCUGUGCGGGAUCAGCCGGAUCUGGGUCUUCAGUCUGGCCAGACGACAGGGCAUUGCAACCCGCAUGCUGGACACCGUCAGGAGCACCUUCUCGUAUGGCAGCCAUCUAACCAAGGAAGAAAUUGCUUUCUCCGACCCGACACCUGACGGCAAACUCUUUGCAACUAAGUAUUCCAACACACCGGCCUUCCUGGUUUACAACUUCAUUGCGUGAAGUAAAUUAAUGGAUAAACGAAGUGUUAUCGUUUUAAGUGACUUGUAAGUUUUACACAUUGAUAAGAACUUUUCAGGCAGUUUUUAAAUGACCUUUCAUAUGCAAAGCAAUGACAUUUCAGGUUUUUUGUGCCGAUUAGGCUUUGGUUUGCGCUGAAGUGUGCGUGUAAGCUUCAGUUGUAUAAUGACAAUACAAUCUGUGUUCAGGGUGAAGUAGUUUUUAAAGGUUCAUGUUUUGUUAUCACUCAGUAUUUAUACUCGGUACUGCCACAUUCACUGUUGAAUGUUGUGUGUAUAUUGACAGCGCUUUUUAUUUAGUUGUUUUUAUUCUGCUUAAUGAAGAACUUUGAACCACAGAGAUUGAAAUAUUUUCCAUUCUUACAUCACAGGGGCCUCAUUUUGAUACAUUCACUUUUCAACUUUUCCACUUCUUUCAAGGUACCAGUUUGAGGUUAUCUGUACAUUUUUGGAAGGAAAAUUUGUGAACAGACCUGUUGAAAGGUGAUUGCCACAGUUGUUUCGGGGCAUAUAUUUUGUAAAUACGUUGAAUAAACAUCCCCUUCUUGAAAGUGAUUUUUGUAUUGA